UGGGAGUUACUGUAUUCCACGGCCCCCCAUCGACCUGGCUAGCUACCACCAUCAACACAGCACCUUAAUGCGCCGCGGGUACCGACCGAGCCUGAAGAACCAAAGUCGAAAGCUUCAUUUUAUUUUGCCUCCAUCGCUGGAACGCACGUGUAGACAAGCGGCCGCGGAAUGAAUGGCGGUCCCGUACGUAGCAAACAAAGAGAGAGUCCAAAAGCAUAACCAUGAACAAUGUACCCACCCGCAGCAAGUGUCCCAAAGUGGAUGUGAAUAGCGGAUGCGCCAUUCGUGAGAUGCUGUAUUCUGGGCUUGGGAUAGAAAUGUCCCUAGAAGCGGAACUAAAUCACCGGAGCUAUCGAAUCCGUUAGGCUAAGAGAUGCGACCUUCCCUCCUGAACACUGAAGUGCGAGUAUCCACGGCGGAGAGUCGGGAUCCGGAUUCUAGCGGGGGGAGCAUGGACUUGGACCCAGCGCAUCAGGAGGUCCUGAAUCUGCCGUCGCCUUACCACGACGAUGUCGAUGAGCUGCCCACCUCGCGCUCGGCGCACCGGGACUCCCCGUGGUCGAGGUGGAAAGAGAGAAACCCACUCGUAACACUCUUCAAGAGCUUGCGAUUUCGAUACCUGCGACUGCCCUCCACCGACGCAGAACAAGCAUCCAAAGAAGAAGAAGAUGAUGACGACGACGACAGCGCCACCCCCAACUCCGACACGCGUCCCCCAGCCUGGAAUCCCUAUGAAGAAACCACCUUCGACCGCUGGUUCAGCGUUCUCAUCCUCCUCUUCCUCCUCUCCCUCCUCAUCAACUUCUUCCUCCUCUUCAACGGUCCCCCCAACCGCAUCCCCCACCAUCACCCAAACUCCAGAUCCCACCCGCUCCCCCACAAAGGGUUCCACUUCAGCGAACACGGCAGGAACUACACCUGCUACCAAACACACACCACGAUCCUGCAGCCCAACUACGAAUUCUCGAAUAUCUUCGGCGCGUACGACUACUUCUGGGCGGAGCUGCAGGGCAAGAGCCACGGCGUCGUGUACACCUCGCUCGGCCGCGCGGAUGGCAAAACACGGAAAGCCGGGUUGGCCAUGUUCCACCAGCUGGACUGUUUGGCGAAGUUGCGCAGCGUGGUGCAGGCGCUGCAGGAGGGGAGGCCGCAUGCGCUGGUCGAUGUCGGGGAGCAUCAUGGGUAUUGGCCGCAUUGUUGGGAUUAUCUGAGACAGGUCAUCUUGUGUAAUGCGGAUGAUAGUUUGGAGGUGGGCGAGGUGGAGGAUGGGAGGUGGGUGACCAAGGGGUUUGGGAGUGCGAGGGUGUGUAGGGAGAGUAGUUGGUUGUUUGAGGUUACGGGGUGUGGGGAGGGGGGAUGUCCUGGGAAGGCGUUCUACCAUGAGAAAGGCGAGAUGGAGAAGAUACAUGCGGAGGAGCAGAGGGAGGUGGAGGAGUGGGCGAAAGCCCAUCCAUCCGGGACGUGAGCAGGGAGGGGAGAGAGGCAGGACAUAGAAUCGCCAUACCUGCGUGACUCGAGGCUAGACCACAUCUUCUUCGUCAAUCACUCUUCGCUCGAGACUGCAUCGCAGUACGCGCUUUGUCUUUCCGACCUCGUACUUCUUCAACCUGUUAUCUUCCUGGUCAUAGUAGAUCGCCCAGCCAU